AAACCCUACACACAUAGGCAUAGAUAAGAUACACUUGGUUUCUGCACAAGUUCAUUUAUUUUGCAUGACAAAGUCAUUAAUGACGCCAGGUGUCAAGAUAACUAAAUACGAAUUUGCCGUUUAAUGCCUUGUUUCUGAAUGCAUUUGGCAAUGCCAUCUCCUUUUUGCGCCAUCUAAAGACAAAAAAAUAAAAACUAGUUUUUCACUUUAUUUAAAUGUAAUUGGGUCUCUAAAAUCCUGCCGAGAGUUUCUUUUUAUUUUCACAGCACAGCGCAGCACAGGUGACAGAUAAUUUAAGUAGCCAGUUGAUGCUGUAGGGAGCGAGGGUGAAGGUAAGCCAGUCAGAGCGUAGAUGAGAGACAAGUCCAGUUUCAGAUGAAUGUUGCAGUGUGAGCCGUGCGCGCGGCAUAGCCCAUUGAGCGAGAGGAGGACACGCUGACACUGUACAUUAGCAUACCUCCAACGUUAAUGGUAUUUGGAGGAAAAAAUAUUUUUAUCCUGAACGGGAACUUUUGGAAUGUCUGUGCAACUAAAAACAUGUUGAAGGAAACGGAUCCAUCCAUUUGCAGCAAUCUGAGAUCCCUGAGGCAUUUCUCCCCAUUCUGUCCAAGAAGUUGGAUGAAUGAACAUCCACAACACUGCCAGUAAAUCUGAAACCAAAAAUAUAUUAUGCUACGAGAGCCACACCAGGGGAUCCAAACAGAUUCACAGGAAACAGGUUGGCAAGGAUGCAGGACACACCAAACUAAAGGAGAUUAGAAAUGUGAUUACUGACUGAAAGAAAGAAGAAAACUUAAGAGAAAGAAAGACGGAAAGAGAGAGGAUUGCACGUUUUCCCCUUUCUCAGUAGGGCAUCCCCUGAAUUCCUGCUACUAUGCCUGAGAGAGGGAGGGCUGAAGACAUGUCGAAAUGAACCCCUAUGACAACUCACACUUCAGGAGGGAUCUCUUUCCUCACUUCCACUUAUUGUAGGGGCUUUUCUACCGCCCCUCUGUUUGUGUGUGACAUGGGUACACCCAUGUCUGUGAUAACCUAGGACAUCAGGUAAAGACUGCGGGCCUGGUAUUCUCCUGUGUUGUGCCUUGGUUGCUUGUAAUCAGAUUGCUACAACUUAAACUCUCUCCAGAAAAGUGGUCAUGGUUUUACACUGUAAACUCUCCUCAGGAAACUGGUCAUGGUGUUACACUGUAAACUGUCCUCAGGAAACUGGUCUUGGUGUUGCACUGUAAACUGUUCUCCAGAAACCUCGUAACAUGUUUAGCAUUCUCAUGAGAGGUUAAAGACUUUGCCAGCAUUUGAAAACACAGUUUCCUUGAAAUGUGUACCGAAGGUAAUAUCUAAUAUCACAAUCAAACCUUUUCAUGACAUUUAGAUUUCCCCCGAUUCAAACCUUUUGAGAUAUUUUUGCAUGCAUAAAGACAAGUCUCUUUCAAUUGGCCUUGUCAUUGUUUUUACCCACUUUUCCUUGCACAUCUUUUGUUUGCUAUUUCCAGACUAAAAGCCUUUCAGAAUUGGAUAAACGUGUGUUCUCUGUCAAGCAGGGGUGCUGAGUGUGACACUUUAACCAAGACGAGCCAACCCAUAUUUGGAUAAAACAAGGACACAGCACCUCACAUCAUAGGAUUUUGCCUCUGAAAUAACAUUUGAUCUCUAUGUUUUUGUGGACGUCGUCCACAGGUGUUUGCCCCGUGUGUUUGUUACUCCUCGCCUUUUUCACCAGAGUAGGUAAUAUGUAUUCUGCUCCUACACAUUCCCAGUACUGUUUCUGUCGAAGUGUUACAUAAAAUCAAUCCUUGCAUUAUUUUGUAUUGGGUACCUUGAAAUCCGUACACAAAAAAAGUACAAAAAAACACAAACCUUGGCGUUCUAGUCAAGUGAUUAUAUUCACUCUCCUUAAAUGUUUUCUUUGUUUUGAGUGUUUUGAUCUUCAGAUUUCUUGUUCACUUUUCUUUUCUCUCUUUUCUUCAUCCCCCUCUCAAAAAGGAUGUUCCUAUGCUGUAGUAGUGGAGAGUAAGUCUGCUUAUGGUUUUAUAGAUUUUAAAUAAUUGACUUGGUUAAUGAGAUAUAGUUGAAAAUUAGUCAGUCUGUUCAGUGUGUUUUGUACUGAAUCAGCCAUGCCUUUGGGACAAAUACAGAAACCCUCAGGACUAGGACAUCCUGUUUAAAACAGUCACCUGAGAGAGACGUAGACAGAUUUACAAUGUGUCUGAAAGUCUGCUUUUGUUAUGCCGACACCUCAAAAUCCCUUUGAAGACUUUUGUGGAGUGGGACAGAUUUUUGGAUUUGAGGGAAACUGCUGGUAAUAGUCUCCCACUUUUGAGAGAUACUAAGUGAGUAUUAGAUUAUUUACUCAAUGCAUGGAUACGCAGCUCAUUAAUGUCUUCAGAGACCCUGUAGUGAGUGAAAUGUAGAUGCAAAUGUGGGAAGAAACCUAUUCUGAUGGAUAGGAAGUGAAUGUAUUGGAAUUGUGUACCAUUAUUACUCAAUAGUCUAAGGAGUUGCUCCUCUGUUUCAAUCUGCACUGUGUAUUGUCCAUGGCCAAACCACUGGGAGGUGAAGAUCUGGUAACGUAAGAGACAGCAUGCUGUUCUUUUCUCUGCUGGUUGCAUGCUUGAUAUGCCCUAGAAACAUAGACCCGUUGGAUUGUGUUGUUCCCUGGUUCCACCCCCUGACUCUCUAUUGUCAUAUUGCACUUAAGUGAAUGUGGGGAGUGUAUUUAUUCUCAUCACGCGUCCAUACUACUACCCUGCUUUAUCCUCAGCUCUUAACCUUUCAAGCGUCUCAGUUUCUGCAGCCUGCUCAAUGUGUUUCCCCGAUGCUGUUUGUAACUGCAAGCGAAGCUCCCGCUCCCUUGUACAAUGACAACCACCUGUGGGUCACUUCUGUUGAUACCCUGGAGACUGUGUGUGACCUCCCUCAUCAGCCCAAAGGUGUGUAAGUACUAAAGGGAGUUGACGGUAUUACUGUGAGACUGGCUAUUUGCUGCUGCAGAAGACAAACUUAAUCUCUGUUCUUCACUUCAAGUGAGUUCAAGGAGUCCUAAUCACAGAAACUGCACUAAAACGCUUGGGUGGUGGGGACACUGAGUUUCUAACAGCUUGUUCAGGUGACUUUGGAACAAUGAUCCAGGAAGGAUUCCUUUGCUUGAUAUCUUUGUUCCACAUGAAUCUACGUCCAACUCCAGAGAUGGAUUACUUUUCACCCUAAGAAACAUUGGAUCUGAAAAGAAGCACAGAAUAGCAGGUUUUUAUCAGUACCUAGGUGGUCGAAAACUCACAAACCACAUAGGAGUUGAGACUACAUCUUCAUAGUCACAUUAACAUUGGUGUAAGACAUUUUGUUUAGCGCCAUGGGAGCGGCGCGAGUGAAGCGACGUUUCAGUGCGGUGGUUGACGGGCUGGUAGACGAGGAGGAAGUGAUGAAGCUGGCUCAGAGUGUCGCUGACAUGGCCGGAGCGGGGGCUAGCACUGAGGGGUCAGGGACACCCUCCACCCCCUCUCCCACCCGCAAUGGCAAAGCACUCCCCCUGCAGGGCAAUGGCAGUGAUGCGCAGAGGCCCAGUGGAGCCCCGAAGGCAGGAGGAGGAGAAGGAGGGAUGAGAGGAGGGCGCUCAGGACAGAGGCGUGGGAGAUUCGGAAGUCUGGGGGGAAGGGGAGAAGGCUGCUCGUCCUCUGACCGGGAUUCAGUGCUAUCGUCCCCUUCCUCGUCCAGCCACCAGCCCACUCGGCGCCCUAGCCGCCGGCCCCGUCACCGCUUUGUGGGCAAGGACGGGCGCUGCAACGUCACCUUCGUCAACAUGAGCGAGAGGGGCCAGCGCUACCUCAGCGACCUCUUCACCACCUGCGUGGACAUCCGCUGGCGUUGGAUGCUCGUCAUCUUCUGUCUCUCCUUCCUCCUGUCCUGGCUGCUCUUCGGCUUUGCCUUCUGGCUCAUUGCUGCCGCACACGGGGACUUUGCCGUCCGCCCCGAUCCCAGCUCGGGCGGAUCUCCCGGGGUUGGAGGUGAGCCCGUGGCUGGGGCGGUGGUGGAGGUGGAGGAGACCUGUUUCCUCCAGGUGAACAGCUUCCUGGCGGCCUUCCUGUUCUCCCUGGAGACGCAGACAUCCAUUGGUUAUGGCUUCCGCAGCGUGACCGAGGCCUGCCCCCUGGCGGUGAUGGCGGUCAUCUUGCAGUGCAUUGUGGGCUGCAUCAUUGACGCCUUUAUCAUCGGGGCGGUCAUGGCGAAGAUGGCUAAGCCCAAGAAGCGUAACGACACUCUGGUGUUCUCUGACACGGCUGUGGUGGCACUGAGAGAUGGGAAGCUCUGCAUGAUGUGGCGGGUGGGAAACCUACGGAAGAGCCACCUGGUGGAGGCACAUGUGCGAGCACAACUACUGAAGCCAAGGGUAACCCCAGAGGGAGAGUUCCUCCCACUGGACAACGAGGACAUCAAUGUGGGGUUUGACACAGGAACGGACCGCAUCUUCCUGGUCUCGCCAGUAACCAUUGUCCACGAGAUCAACAAUGAGUCGCCGUUCUUCGAGAUGGACCGCCGGUCGCUGGAGGGAGAUGCAGAGCUAGAGGUGGUGGUCAUCUUGGAGGGCAUGGUGGAGGCCACAGCCAUGACCACACAGUGUCGCAGUUCCUAUAUAGCAUCCGAAAUCCUCUGGGGUCACCGCUUCGAACCUGUGCUCUUUGAGAGGAAGAACUGCUACCAGGUGGACUAUUCGUUCUUCCACCAGACCUAUGAGGUUCCCAGCACACCCUCGUGUAGUGCUAAAGAGUUGGCCGAGCAGAAGUACAUCCAGAGCUCACGUUCCUCCUUCUGCUAUGAGAACGAAGUGGCCCUGCAGCUUGUCACCCCAGACGAUGACCCUGAGGAUAAUGCUGGUAGCUGCCCCUCCCCCUUGCCCCGCCGCCUCUCCCUCCUAGAGCACCCCCACACCAACUAAUCCUGGGGACAGAGGGAGGUGACAGGCAGAGGGGACAGGAAGUAAACCAGCGUCUACAGGAACUCAAGGACAGACAGAGAGAGCUAGAGAAGCAUGAAGAUAAACAGAUUUAAUAGAGAAAGAGACCGAAAUGGAGAAAUAGGGAAAAGGAAUAAAGCUGAAAGACUGUAGAGAGAGAAUUGUUGAGUGAGAAACAGAAGACACGACAGAGACAGCUAAAGACAAAUUUAGAGAGAGAUGUUGUACACCGUGAAACAAAAAAAAGGAAAGGACAGACCGAUUUAAAGGUCAGGCGGAGAGAGAGGAAAUAGAAAGAGAGAAACAGAGAGAGAGAAAGGAAGUAGAAACAGAGAAACAGAGAGAGAGAGAGAGG